GUUGAUGUCAAGGUUGACAACUUGGUUAAUCUUAUUUCAAAUAACGUUGUUAUCCGUAAGCAGAUGCUUAGAGGUGGGGUGAGUAAAGUGGAUGUAGAGAAGAUGCGUGAGAAGGUUAAAGAAGGAGGAAAAAGAAACGAAGGUAGACAUAAGCCGAAUGAGGCACCUAUAGACCUCAGCGAGGAAUCGAAAAUCAAAGCUCUUGUUGACUCCAUUGUCGGACCUGAGAUUCAUCGACUGGAGGGAAAAAUUUCUGCUGCUGUUGCGUCCGUGAAGGAGGUGUCUUCCAAUGCUCUCGCUUAUCAUGCUUCUGUUGUUGGUAGUGUGGAUACAAUUCUGCAGAAUUUUAAGAGGGAAAUGCUUUCGUACUUUUCUAAAGCUAAUACUCAGCGAGCAGUCGAAGCUCCAGACGCCAUACCAGUCACUAAUGAAGUGGGAAAUAAAGAAGUCUCUCAGAAUAAUACUCCGGCACAACUCGCCCAUGAGGUGGAAAGAAUAGAUGUCGGUCUAAAUACAACUCCUGGACCAGUCAUAGGUGUAGUGGAAAGUAGAGUUCUCCCUGAAAAUAUUCUCCCUGAAAUGCGUGAUAGCAAUGACCAGAUUAUUGAUAAUGUGUUGGAAAAUCUUAGUAACUACUCAACUCCACCUAGGUCAGCGAAACGGUGCCAAGGAUCUGAGGUGGAGUCCCAUAGGCAGCGAUCCCCAUUAUCUGCUGGUUGUCCUCGUGAAGAUAGUAAAGGGCAAAAUGAAACAUCCAUUCUUCAUUCAAAGAAGCAUAUGUCCGCGAAACAGCUUUCAAAGGAACUAUCCGAAGGAUCUGCGACCUACCAUACCUCCUUCGCUCGCAAGGUCCGUUCGGCUGGGUGCGCUGACGGUGGUACAAGUCAGCAUGCAUCUGUCUGUGGUCGCAGCCAGACGCCGCAAUAGGGAGGAGUAA